AUGGCCGCGGCCGGCGAAGGACAAAGCUCAAGGGACUCCUCACCCAUGUCUUCUCCGCCACAAGGGCUUUCCGAUACCAUCAGUGUCGCGCCCGCGCAGCCCAUGUUCUUGCGUCCUGGAGAUGUUGCAUUUCCCCAACUUUCCCAUCCACCACAACCGCAGCCCGCUACGUCAACUUCUACAAAUACCACAAAUGGCAACGCCAAGGCUCCAUCACAUGAUACAAUAACCAAAAAGCCCAAACAAACUCGCAAGAAGAAGGAUCCUGAUGCGGCCGCAGCUAAGAAGGCUGCAGAGGCUCCUAAAGAAAAGAAACCUCGCAAGCCUCGUGCACCCAAGGACCCUAAUGCUCCAGCAGCUGGCUCGCGAAAGAAGCAAAAGAUUGAUGCAUCGGCCGAUUCUACGCCCAUUGCUAAUCGUCAACCAACCCUCGGCGACAUGGUUGGUAAAUUCCAGACCCCUCUUCCUCCUACGCCAAGCGCACAGCAAACACAGCCUGCACAAGUGAUGAAGAGUGAGGAAAAGAAGCCCGUCGUUGCACCUUCUCCGGCUCUUGCAAGGCCUGCCUCAAGCGGUCAAAGAUAUGACCCAAUUCGUGCUUCCAUGACCGUGGACCCCUACUCAACUCCCGCUCACACAUCGACUGCUUCACUUCAAGUCUCGCCGCAUGCGCACAGAGCAAGCGCGUCACCAGCAAUCGCAAGUUUAAUAAAUCCUCCUGCCCCUGCCGACGCGCACCACAUGUCUCCUCCCGCAAUUCCAUCAGCACCCGCUCAAAUGAAGUCACCUACCGUCACUUCUACAAUGCCUCCUCCACCCAAUGUCAACCGCCAGCCUGAAGUGCAAAUGACACCGAGCGCUCUCAUGAACAACUCCCCUCAAACAAUCUCACACCCGGCCCCUGUAGUGAUGGACGACGCCAUGGAAAUCGACGCUCUUGAUGAGCAAAAGCCAGCUCAAACAGUCACCAAGCCUGCAGACAAGGAGAAGGAGAAGCCCGGCGCCAAAGCCACUUCAGCGCCGACACAAAAGGCCAAGCGUGCUUCACCACCUGCAGCUACUGGAAGUGGUCUUCUCUCUGGCAGUGACCUCUUUGGUGGACCAUCUGCCGUCACCGAGGACCACAAACGCCAUGGAGUGAACAUUGACAUCGACAUCCCGCUCAAUCCUGCUGGAAACAACACAAUCAACAUCGCUCAGGAGAUUCUGAAGAAGUACGGCAAGAACGCGAUUAAUCCUCGCGCCGCAGCACACCGUGAGCGCCUCUUGCAGGUCGCCGCUGCCGCCAAUCGUCUGGAACCUGGAACCGGUGACGAUGUCUCUGUCGAUAACUCGGAAGCCGACAACGAUAGCAACGUUGAGAUGGGCGGCAUGGAAGAGGAGAAGAAGGGCGAAGACGAACCUAAGAAGCGCCGCCGUAGAAAGGUGGAGGACUACGACAAGGAAGACGACUUCAUUGACGACACGGAAUUGGCCUGGGAAGAAGGCGCAGCAGUCGCUAAGGACGGCUUCUUUGUCUAUUCCGGCCCGCUCGUGCCUGAGGGAGAGAAGGCUCAGAUCGAAACCUCUGCGCCCGCUGGCCGCGGUAGAGGUCGCGGCCGUGGACGCGGACGCGGUGGCGCUACUGGCGUCACUCAUGCCCAGCUCGCCGCAAAGAAUGCCGAUCCAGCAGCCGCAGUGACUGCUCCUACUACAGGCAGAGGAAGAGGUCGUGGCCGCGGCACUGGAGCCACCCGCAAGCCGCGCAUCACCAAAGCCGACAAGGAAAAGAUGGAGACAGAAAAGGUGCAACGCGAACGCCAGGCUGCCUCUCUUCCUCAGGCUCCUCCUGCAGCUGUGUUUUUAACCCCUGCCAGCAUGCAGCAGGUAUAG